AAGUUUGAGUGGGGGUGGAGAGUUGACCUCCUUCUCCUCAUGACUCCUCCUCGAGCGCUCCGCUCGAGUUCUCCGUGUUUCAUACCGAAGUCAUACUUCACAUUCCAACUUUACUGUCAAAUCAGGAGAAAUAUUUCUUCAAAAACAUCGGCGUUGUUUGAAUUUGUAAACGGACUCAUGAGAUAGUCCCUUAAAUCUCGUUUUGUUGCACACACAGCAGAGCAGAGGUUUGCUUUUAAGUAGUCUCGGGUGUGUGGGCUCACGUAGGGGCCCAGGUGGAGCCGCCACCAUUGCAGCCAACGAGUGGAGCGCCAGCGAGAGCCCGGAGGAGGGGCACGAGGAUGGAGUGGAUGGGAUGGACAAGGGCGGAAUGGACGGGGAUGCGGAGGGUGUCUGGAGCCCUGACAUCGAACAGAGCUUCCAGGAGGCUCUGGCUAUUUAUCCACCCUGCGGCCGCAGAAAAAUCAUCCUAUCAGAUGAAGGGAAGAUGUAUGGUCGCAAUGAGUUGAUAGCAAGAUACAUAAAGCUGCGGACCGGAAAAUCCCGAACACGAAAGCAGGUGUCUAGCCAUCUGCAGGUUCUUGCGCGGAGAAAGUCUCGCGAGAUUCAGUCUAAGCUGAAGGCCAUGAACUUGGAUCAGGCCUCCAAAGACAAAGCCCUGCAGAACAUGGCUGCUCUGUCAUCUGCUCAGAUUGUUUCUGCAAGUGUGAUGAAGAGUCAGUUGCCUCCUCUUCCUCAGCACCCAUACCCUCCUCCACCCAGGUUUUGGCCUGGCCACAUCCCAGGACAGUCUGGACCUUCUCAGGACAUUAAACCCUUUGCACAGAGUCCAUACGCCAGCCUACAACCCCCACUACCUACACCUAUAUCAAGUUAUGAGCCCUUAACCAACACCCUCCCUCCCACCCCAACAGCGAUGCCUGUAUGGCAGGAUCGGACCAUUGCCUCUUCUAAACUCCGCAUGCUGGAGUAUUCUGCCUUCAUGGAGGUCCAGAGAGACCCUGAAACUUAUAGCAAGCACCUGUUUGUCCACAUCGCCCAGACAAACCCCUCAUACACCGACCCCCUUCUGGAGGCGGUGGACAUCCGUCAGAUCUACGAUAAGUUUCCGGAGAAGAAGGGAGGGCUGAAGGAGCUGUAUGAGAAAGGCCCUCAGAAUUCCUUCUUUCUGGUCAAAUUCUGGGCUGAUCUGAACAGUAGCAAUAUUCAGGAUGGGGCCGGCUCGUUCUAUGGGGUCAGCAGUCAGUACAGCAGUGCUGAAAACAUGACCAUCACUGUGUCCACUAAAGUCUGCUCAUUUGGGAAGCAGGUGGUGGAGAAAGUUGAGACAGAAUAUGCUCGUGUGGAGGGUGGGAGGUACGUUUACCGGAUCCAUCGCUCCCCUAUGUGCGAAUACAUGAUCAACUUCAUCCAUAAACUCAAGCACCUACCAGAGAAAUAUAUGAUGAACAGCGUUCUGGAAAACUUCACUAUACUUCAGGUUGUAACAAACAGAGACACACAAGAGACUUUGUUGUGCAUUGCAUUUGUGUUCGAGGUGUCCACAAGCGACCACGGAGCACAGUAUCAUGUUUACAGACUCGUGAAGGACUGAACGACGACGCUGUGCCAAGUGUUUAAAUGACUACAGGCAAAAAAAUGAAACAAAUUUUAGACGAAAACACAAACAAGGACAGAACCCAAACCAGGAUACUAUGCACUAGGUUGUAUUGUAUAUUUAGUAAAGUUCUUUAAAAGGAAAGAAAAUGUACUUUCAGGGAUAAUUGUUUCUUUCUUUGUAUUAAAUGUAUUGUGAGAUGAAAGUUAUUGAACGUGGGUUGGCUACAACCCUUUUUAUGGUAAAACACUAAAGGCACAAAGGUCUUUUUAAAGCGAUUGUAUGCAAAUAGCAAAUGAAUGCUGGUCAAUUCAAGUCCAUCUCCAAUCAGGAACUUUCCCAAUCUAUUUUGAUCACAAUCUUCCAUUUUGACACACCAGCACACGCUACCUCUAACCUUUAACAGAUUAGGGGGGAGGACAAUAUGACUGUCACAAAACUUAUAGGAGAGGAACGUUGAAUGUUUGUUACGAUGGUUAAGCGCAAGUUACAUGAGUGAAGCAUAUCAGGGUCAUGUUCAAUGUUACACACGUUUGAAAGCGUUGCUCUUUAUUUGGCUUGAAUUUCUGUGUUUUUUUUUAAGUGUGUGAGCUGUUUCUACCUCCUGGCGUUACAUGCAUUUGGAGCAUUUUUAUUUGUUUUGUUUUUUUAGUUUGAAAGGUCUCAAAAAUAAGUACAACUGCCAAUGCAAUGUUGGUUAUUGUGAAAAACACUGCAUAUGCAUGGUGUUACUUGAUAGCCCUCAUUUUGAGUGCCUUGUUCGCGGCCUAUCUUCAAUAUAUCUGUGAGUUACUACAGUAUUCUGUAAUCAAGUAUCAUUGUUUAAAGCAAUACAGAACAACCAUGCUAUUGGUUUAAUGGGUCACAUGGCAAAUCUCAAAAGGCAAUGUCAGAAAAAAUGGUUUAAAAUGUUGCCAAGCUGUUGCCGGGAAAGUACCCUUAAAAAAGGUACCAGGCUGUGAGGGAUGAACGUCCAGAGCGUGCGCUUUAAACCUAUGGAUCAUGGAUUGUUAAAAUUAAAAGGGACAUAUGAUCUCAUUUUGAGAUAAGAGCAGCGCAAUGUGUACAUUAAAUCUGUUUUGUUAUUAGCCUGUUGGCUAAUCGCUAAUGUCUAAUGUUGUAAGCAUGCAUACUUUUCUUUAAAGCAAGUAUUUUCUGAAUGACCACCAUCCUGGUACAAAACAAUAGGUUUAAAGCGAGGUCCCUCACAGCCUCAGUUUGAAAUCAACAUGGCGGCGGACUAUAAAUGCUGUAUUUCUAUACAUUUUGUAUUAAUAUGUACCUAGUAUGCACUGAUACAUGUGCCUAUAGGUUCCGCCCCAAUGACAACUAGGAACCAUUUUAACUAUGAUUUCUGACAGUGUGUAAUGCUUAGUUUUAAAUUUUCACCAAAUUUCAUCCUCACCAAGCAAUUACGAACACAUUAGCUUUGUUUUUUAUGUGAAACUGAGUAACAUUUAAUGCAAGACUUUGUAAACAGAUGAUUUUUAAGUGCACAAAAUGAAUUUAACCUUUAAUUCCAUUGCAAAAGUGCAAUAAGGUUUGGACUAUCCCGACUCAAGGGUUCUCAGGUUCCUUCAAUAAUAUAGAAACACACUAGGUUCAGAAUGUUAGUAGUACGCAAUACUUUGAGUUUAGGUUACUGUAUACAUGUUUAUGCUUCCAUUAAUGGCACCCAUAGCUUAUGGACCAUGGAUACCUUCGUAUGGUUGUGUUAUGGCACUGUAUCGAAUAUAAUUAGUGACAUUUAUUUACAAUCAUCUGUUUAUUCAUUUAUCACAUUUUGGUACGUUUAUAUACGUCUGUGCUAGGCUUUAUGCACAUACUGUAUUGAUUUUACAUUGAGGAUGACUGUAAAUUUCUGUAGGAUAUUUUCGUUUUGAAAUAUUGAAUGCAAAUAAAACGUUUUAAAAGGGUUCUUUUAAAGACUUAUAAAUGAUGUUUUAACCAAAGAGGUCUUUAUUCAGAUGACAUCCAAUUGAAUGUGAACAGCAUCCACCACAAAACUUUGUGUAGCCUUUUUGUGUGGUUCAGAUCAUCUGUGACGAGUCAUAAUUUUGUGUGUGUGUGUGUGUAUAUGCUUGGAUGUGUGAGAGAGAAAAAAUUGAUUUGUGAAUUGUGUAUAUUUUAAGUAUGUUAACAGGAAACGCUUUUAUUUUGGUUCUUCUCUUUCAUUGCUUUGUUCAAAUAUCAUUCAUGCUCUGGUUAUUAAUAAAUAUGGGUUGUAAAAUCUA